GCUGUCGCUAUUUAUAGACAAGCAAAGCGUAGACCGUCUGGUAAUGGACUCUAACAUCAGCAACAGCUGGAAGAUGAGGAGGAGGGUAUGCCCUCUGACGGAGAUUCGGACUGCUUAUCAGAUCGGGAUGUCGCUUUCAUCGAUGACGACGCGGCAGAAGAGUUUGGAGGAGCAAAGAAGUUAUGGCUGCGAGUGACAGACCAGGGAUUUCUUGGAUAGAGUAGAG